AUGUCCAUGGCUGCAGUAGCUUCAGACACAGCAUCGGCCUCAAAUGUGAAAGAAAGUAGGAGUCGCUUAUGUAAGGAGUUUGCCUCAGUCGCAGGCACUGACUCUGCGGUGGCUCAGUGUUACCUAGCUGAAAAUGAUUGGGAAAUGGAGAGAGCAUUAAACUCGUUUUUUGAGGCUGACUUGGAACGUGAAUUUGAAUCAAAAGAUUCUCAAGAACAGAAAAAGCAAAGUCCUGAACCGAAAAAGAGAAAGAUGGCUCAAAAGGGACCCCAACAAUGCAUUGAUUUGACCAAAGACAGCCCAUCGUCUUCAAAACCCUCUGAGGAAGAUGACAAGAAACUCUCUCUUAUUUCUUGGAACGUAGAUGGACUUGAUACAGACAACCUGGGCGAGCGUGCCAGGGGACUUUGCUCCUACUUAGUCUUAUACACUCCAGAUGUGGUGUUCUUACAGGAGCUUAUUCCACCAUAUGUGCAGUACUUGAAGAAAAGAGCUGUCAGCUACCUCAUCAUAGAAGGAGGGGAGGAUAAUUACUUCAGUGGAAUGAUGCUCAAGAAAUCCAGAGUUAAACUGUUGGAAAAAAAUAUUGUACCUUUCUCUACCACUCAAAUGUUGAGGAACCUCCUCGUUGUUCAGGUGACGUUCAAAGAACAGAAAUUAUGCCUGAUGACGUCUCACCUGGAGAGCUGUAAGGGCCACGCAGCAGAGCGGAUGAAGCAGCUCCGUUUGGUGAUGCAGAGAAUGACUGACGCUGCCGAUGACGUCACCGUGCUGUUUGGAGGAGACACAAACCUCAGAGACACCGAGGUGGCUAAAGUGGGCCUGCCCUCAGAUGUGUUUGACGUGUGGGAGCGUUUGGGCAAACAGGAGCACUGCCGUUACACCUGGGACACCAAAACCAACACCAAUAAGACUGUUCCUUAUGUGAGUCGCUGUCGCUUUGACCGUAUCUACGUCCGUCCUGCUUCAAAAGAGGGAGUGCCUCGCCUCCUACCGGAUCACAUGGCUCUGAUCGGUCUGGAGAAACUAGACUGUGGCCGCUUCACCAGUGACCACUGGGGAAUCUACUGUAGCUUUGUGGCUGGGUCCUAA